AUGCCUUCCCAGGGGUACUCCAUGAAGCUGCCUGGUGAGGGGACAAGCAAAGCUGACCACGCACUGUGCUUAGCACAGCGCCUGGAACGUGGUGGGUGCUCACCAAAUAUAUCCCUUCUUUCCCUCCCUGCAGCCCUUCUGAGCCCUGACCUCAUAGUGAGUGGAGAGGUAAGAAGCUUCCCUCUUUCAUCUGCCUCUUCCACUAGCUUCCCUGAGAUUUGCCUGACCCUACCCCACCCUCCCAUCCCUGGUGCUAAGAAGGGGCACCCCGUGCUGUUUGCCUGCUACACAAGGCAGACUUCUGUGGCUCCUCGGGUCCAGUAUGGGAUGUAA